GAUGGUGUUGGAGCUGUGGAGUUUCGUGACCGCGAGGGGCAGCAGCAGCAGCAGCAGGAGCAGCUGGUCGUGAAAAGCACGGGCUUGCGCAGCAGCGGACGUCAUUUGUGCGGAGAUAGGUUUGGCGAGUGGGAGCAGGCAGGCAGGAUAGUCAGUGACCGCGCGGGCGGAGCGGGUGUGGGCGGAUUUUUUUGAGCAAGUUGCGAUUUGGUGCGUGAGUUGUAUGUGAGGCGGUGUUCGUGACGAGGAGUGGAUGUUGCUUGGAGAGUGAUUCGUGCGCUGCCGGUGGGUGGAUCCGACGAUUGCGUCACAGGAAGACCGGGAUUCGAAUAGAUUAAGUUUGAUAUAUUUGUAAAAUAUUGGCUCGAGCGAGAUCUCUCGGUGUGAUCGCUGCUGCAUUCGGUGGACGGAGCUUUUAGAGAGCGAGCGAGCCGGCAGGCAGGCGGGCGAGCAGGCGAGGGCGAAGAGGAGGACGAGAACAACUCGUGAGGAAAAAGAUGUUGCUGUCUUCGGGAUUUAUUGGGCUUUGUGGUGACUUGGGUACACGGAAUGCGAAGUGAACCCAGGGCGUAGGAAUGGCAGGUUCAUCGGUUUCCUUGAGUCAGUUUCACACUAGACUAUCUCCACCUUCAGCUUUAUGGACCGCAGAUAGACCUCUGUCAAUCAGGACUAAGGUGUUCGAGACUUCCCCUUCAGCGUCGCCGACGAGCACGAAAAGCCCGACAGCAGCUUUGUUGAGAAGUCCUCUUGCCUUCGAUGUGAAUGCAUCCUGUUCUAGUCCAAGAUCUUCGUUUGGGACAAAUUCUUGUGCAAGUCCACGUACCGGCCAUGUUGGCAACGGCGCACCACAAUUUCAAUCAAGUACAGCCACCGGAAGUGUCUCCGAUCCGUCAUUUCUCUACGUCAAACCUCAAACACAAAUCGAAAAGCCGGUCACACUCUACGAUGUACUGGGCAUCUCUGAUCUGGUGACCGAUGAUGAGAUCAAGGCCGCGUUUAGAAGUAUGGCGAAGAAAUUUCAUCCAGAUCAAGCUCCUCCAGAAAAAGUCAACGAUUUUCAGCAGAAGUUUAUGGAGGUUCACAGGGCCUACUCGAUACUCAAGGAUCCGCGAACAAGGGCACUGUAUAACUAUGAGAUUAAGAACACUCUUCUCAGCAGACAGUGGAGACAUGACGAGCGGAAAGGACAAUGGCGUGGGCGCAACUGGGAAACCGACCAAUGCUGGACCUUGUAGGCUGUAAAUCAUAUAAGCUGAAUGUGAAUCGUCUGUAGCAGGGUGUAGUGUCCGAAUUUGAGCAGACGUAUUCAGUCAACAUAUCAUCGGGAAUCGGUAGCAGAAUCCUGGGGUAUUGUAAACUGUGCGUGACCUUCCAUUUCUUCGAAUUUGGUCCCGGAGAGUUGUGUGUCGUCUCCAGCCGAAGGCCUGCUGGGAGAUACAAGUCGCUUCAAUGUCGUAACAUGAAGCACCAUCGAGCUGGUCAGGUCAUGUAUCAUAAGCGGAGAGUUGGUGACGAAGAUUGAGGAUACAGAUUUGGUACCUUUCAGUUUUGCAUCUCCCCUCCUAUCAGAGAUAGUGUUAUAUAAUAAUGGACAGGAGGCAUGUGUUGUCGUUGCCUUAUGUAAAAUACCCAAAUCUAGAAAGAAAUAUGUGAAGUUCUCUGGAGGUCCCUGUACAUUACCUCCGUCCUCUAGCAGUCAAUCUGGUAAUGCAAAUCCAGCCGAAGGAUUCCAGUUUUGACCUCCAUUGGUAUGUCCCAUGUUAGGUAGACAAAGGAUCACGGAAGUAGUUUUUUGUCUCAUCGCCGUGACUGUCUAGUCUGCUUUUGCUGUGGUUCCCACUUUACAACUACGAGACGGUACAUGGCGGUAGUAAACAUUUUUCGAGGCAGAGUAGAAGAUGCAGGGAGCUUUGGCAGUUCUGUCAUUUUGAAAAGGUAAAGAAGUUGUAUACUACUUACUUUCGCGCAGAUGUUUUUGUUCAUGAAGAAUCAUGGUGUACUUCCUGUGAUCUUGGAAUACAAAGAAUCUUCAGAUCUUAAAGCCC